UUUUUUUUUUUUUUGCACACCCGAGGGGGGUCCUCCCCGGAGCGGGCGCGGCGGGGCCGGGGCGCCCGGGCCGCGGCGCGGGGCGGCGGCGGGGACCCGGCGGAGGCUGCCGGGCGGCCGCCAUGCGAUCAGGCAGUGCGCUGACCGGCCCGGCCGGUCGGCCCCUUCUGGGUCCUCCCUGUGCAGCCCGUGCGGGGCCGUCCCGGAGACCCCGCGCCGACGGCUGCUCAAACAUCAGGCUGGCUCCCGAAGGGACACUCCCCAAGUCCCCUGCCGGGGGCCCCGCGUAGACCUGGAGUGGACGCCCUCUCCUUCCCUUCAUGAUUCGUUGGUAGCACAGUGGCGAUGGAUGAUGAGGAUGGGAGAUGCUUACUAGACGUGAUAUGUGACCCUCAGGCCCUCAAUGACUUCUUACAUGGAUCCGAGAAGCUCGAUGGUGACGACCUCCUGGAUAAUCCUGGGGAGGCCCAAAGUGCCUUCUAUGAAGGUCCUGGGCUCCACGUGCAGGAAGCUUCUGGCAACCACUUGAACCCGGAGCCCAGCCAGCCAGCCCCCAGCGUGGACCUAGACUUCCUGGAGGAUGACAUCCUGGGCUCGCCCUCCGCAGGGGGCGGCGGUGGCGGAGGCGGCGGCAGCAGCAGCAGCAGCGGUGGCGGGGGCAGCGCCGACCAGCCCUGCGACAUCCUGCAGCAGAGCCUCCAGGAGGCCAACAUCACCGAGCAGACCCUCGAGGCCGAGGCUGAGCUGGACCUGGGCCCCUUCCAGCUGCCCACGCUGCAGCCCGCGGACGGCGGGGCCGGCCAGGCGGGUGCUGCAGGGGCCGCAGCCGUGGCCUCGGGGCCCCAGGCCCUCUUCCCGGGGGGCACCGACCUGCUGGGACUGCAGGCCCCGCCCACCGUGCUGGCCCACCAGGCCCUGGUGCCGCCCCAGGACGUGGUCAACAAGGCCCUGAGCGUCCAGCCCUUCCUGCAGCCGGUGGGCCUGGGCAACGUGACCCUGCAGCCGAUCCCGGGCCUCCAGGGCCUGCCCAACGGCAGCCCCGGGGGCGCCGCGGCCGCCACCCUCGGCCUGGCCCCCAUCCAGGUGGUGGGCCAGCCCGUCAUGGCGCUCAACCCGGGCUCCACCUCCCAGCUCCUGGCCAAGCAGGUGCCCGUCAGCGGCUACCUGGCCUCGGCGGCCGGGCCCUCGGAACCGGUGACCUUGGCGUCGGCGGGCGUCUCGCCGCAGGGCGCCGGCCUGGUCCUCCAGAAGAGCCUCCCGGCCGCUGUGGCCACCACGCUCAGCGGGAACUCGGUGUUCGGCGGCGCAGGGGCCGCCACCGGGGCCGCCACCGCGGCCCCCUCCGGGCAGCCGCUGGCCGUGGCCCCCGGCCUGGGCACCUCGCCGCUGGUGCCCGCGCCCAACGUGAUCCUGCACCGCACGCCCACGCCCAUCCAGCCCAAGCCGGCCGGCGUGCUGCCCCCCAAGCUCUACCAGCUGACACCCAAGCCUUUCGCGCCCGCGGGCGCCACCCUCACCAUCCAGGGCGAGGCGGGGGGCCUCCCGCAGCAGCCCAAGGCCCCCCAGAACCUGACUUUCAUGGCGGCCGGCAAGGCCGGCCAGAACGUGGUGCUCUCCGGCUUCCCGGCCCCCGCCCUGCAGGCGGCGAACGUCUUCAAGCCGCCGCCCGCCUCCACCCCGGGGGCCGCCCCGCCGCCGCCCCCCGGCGCCCUCAGCAAGCCCAUGAGCGUGCACCUGCUGAACCAGGGCAGCAGCAUCGUCAUCCCCGCCCAGCACGUGCUGCCCGGCCAGAACCAGUUCCUGCUGCCCGGCGCCUCGGCCGUGCAGCUGCCCCAGCCGCUCUCGGCCCUGCCGGCCAACGUGGGGGGGCAGAUCCUGGCGGCCGCGGCCCCGCACGCGGGCGGGCAGCUCAUCGCCAACCCCAUCCUCACCAACCAGAACCUGGCGGGGCCGCUGAGCCUGGGCCCCGUGCUGACCCCCCACUCGGGGGCCCACAGCGCCGCCCACAUCCUCUCGGCGCCCAUCCAGGUGGGCCAGCCCGCGCUCUUCCAGAUGCCCGUGUCGCUGGCCGCGGGCAGCCUGCCCACGCAGAGCCAGCCGGCGCCCGCCGGCCCCGCCGCCGCCACCGUCCUCCAGGGCGUCACGCUGCCGCCCAGCGCCGUGGCCAUGCUCAACGCCCCCGACGGCCUGGUGCAGCCCGCCACGCCGGCCCCGGCCGGGGAGGCCGCGCCCGUCCUCGCCGCCGUGCAGGCGGCCCCCCCGGCGCCCCCCGCGGCCAGCACCCCACUGCCUUUGGGCCUCCAGCAGCCGCCGGCGCAGCAGCCGCCGCCCUCCCAGGCCCCCACGCCCCAGCCCGCCAACCCGCCUCAGGCCACCACCCCCCAGCCCAGCCCGGGCCUGGCGUCCAGCCCGGAGAAGAUCGUGCUGCCCCCGUCUGCCACUGCCACGGCCACGGCCAUCCUCACUCAGGACUCCCUGCAGAUGUUCCUGCCCCAGGAGAGGAGCCAGCAGCCCCUCUCCGCGGAGGGCCCCCACCUGUCCGUGCCUGCCUCGGUCAUAGUCAGCGCCCCAGCUCCUGCCCAAGACCCAGCCCCGAGCACCCCCGUCGCCCAAGGAGCUGGCCUUGGCCCUCAGACCCCCGACAGCCAGGCUUCCCCGGCGCCAGCCCCCCAGAUCCCAGCAGCGGCUCCCCUGAAGGGCCCAGGCCCCUCCUCGUCCCCGUCACUACCUCACCAGGCCCCUCUGGGAGACAGCCCCCACCUGCCCUCCCCGCACCCCGCCCGGCCCCCUUCCCGCCCGCCCUCCCGCCCCCACUCCCGGCCGCCCUCCCAGCCCCAGAGCCUGUCCCGCCCGCCCUCCGAGCCCGCCCUGCACCCCUGCCCCCCGCCCCAGGCUGCCCCCACCCUGCCCGGCAUCUUCGUCAUCCAGAGCCAGCUGGGCGUCCCCCCACCCGUCAGCACCCCGGCCCCCACUGCCCCAGGCCCGCCCCAGCCCCAGCCCCCCGAGGGGCCGCUGCCCCCAGCCCCCCACCUCCCGCCCGCCUCCACCUCCUCCGCGGUGGCCUCCACAGAGACGUCCACCCGCCUGCCAGCCCCCACGCCCCCCGACUUCCAGCUCCAGUUCCCGCCCGGCCAGGGCCCCCACAAGUCCCCCACGCCCCCGCCAGCCCUCCACCUGGUCCCCGAGGCCUCCGCGCCCGCCCCACCGCCGCCUCGGACCUUCCAGAUGGUGACCGCCCCCUUCGCCGCGCUGGCCCAGCCGAAGGCUCUCCUGGAGAGGUUCCACCAGGUGCCGACCGGAAUCAUUCUCCAGAGCAAGGCCGGGGGGCCCCCCGCCGCCCCGCAGACCUCCACCAGCCUGGGGCCCCUCGCCAGCCCCCCUGCCUCCGUGCUGGUCAGCGGCCAGGCCCCACCCGGGGCCCCCGCUGCCCCCAGCCACCCCCCCGCCCCAGCACCCAUGGCCACCACAGGCCUCCCUCCUCUGCUUCCUGCCGAGAACAAAGCCUUCAUCAGCAGCCUCCCGACCCUGAGCGUGGCCGCCGCCCCGGGGCCCGGGAAGCCCUCCGGGGCGCAGUAUGACAGCAAGCUGAGUGGCCUGAAGAAAGCACCCCUCCUCCAGCCCAGCAAGGAAGCCUGCUUCCUGGAGCACUUGCACAAACACCAGGGCUCCGUCCUGCACCCGGACUACAAGACGGCCUUCCCCUCCUUCGAGGACGCCCUGCACCGCCUCCUGCCCUACCACGUCUACCAGGGCGCCCUCCCCUCCCCCGGCGACCACCACCGAGUGGACGAGGAGUUCGAGACGGUGUCCACGCAGCUGCUCAAACGCACCCAGGCCAUGCUCAACAAGUACCGCCUCCUGCUCCUGGAGGAGUCCCGGAGGGUGAGCCCGUCGGCGGAGAUGGUGAUGAUCGACCGGAUGUUCAUUCAGGAGGAGAAGACCACCCUGGCCUUGGACAAGCAGUUGGCCAAGGAGAAGCCUGAUGAGUACGUGUCUUCCUCGCGCUCCCUCUGCCUCCCUGUGGCCGUGUCCUCGGAGGGACACCGGGUUCCCAGCCACUGCCCGCCGCCGCCCUCCGCGCCCGGGGCGCCCGCCCCGCCGCCCCUGCACCUGCCCACCAAGCUGGUGAUCCGGCACGGCGGCGGCUCGCCCUCCGUGACCUGGGCCCGCGCCUCCUCCUCGCUGUCCUCCUCCGCCGCCGCCGCCGCCGCCCUGGACGCGGACGAGGACGGCCCCAUGCCCUCGCGCAACCGCCCCCCCAUCAAGACCUACGAGGCCCGCAGCCGCAUCGGCCUCAAGCUCAAGAUCAAGCAGGAGGCGGGGCUCAGCAAGGUGGUGCACAACACGGCGCUGGACCCGGUGCACCAGCCGCCGCCCGCGCCGCCCAAGGCCGAGCCGCCGCCGCGGCCCCCGCCGCCGCCGCCCGCCGGCCAGAUGAACGGCACCGUGGACCACCCGCCGCCCGCGCCGGCCCGCAAGCCGCCCGCGCCGGCCCCGCACUGCCCGCGCCUGCCGCUGCGGAAGACCUACCGCGAGAACGUGGGGGCGCCGGGCGGCGAGGGCGCGGGCGCGGGCCGGGCGCGGGGCGCGGGCCCGGCGGCCGCCAAGGUGGACGAGGCCACGAGCGGCCUGAUCCGCGAGCUGGCGGCCGUGGAGGACGAGCUGUACCAGCGGAUGCUCAAGGCCCCGCCCGAGGCCGCGGGCGCGGGGCCGGGCGGCGGCGGCGGCGGCAGGGAGCCCGGCUGGGAGGCGCCCUCGCUGCCCCCCAGCAAGCGGCGCAAGUCCGAGUCCCCGGACGUGGACCAGGCCAGCUUCUCCAGCGACAGCCCGCAGGACGACGCGCUCACCGAGCACCUGCAGAGCGCCAUCGACAGCAUCCUGAACCUGCAGCAGGCGCCGGGCCGGCCCGCGCCCCCGCCCGCCGCCCGCUCCCCGCCGCCCCGGCCCGAGCCCUACCCGCCCUCCAGCCACAACGGCGGCCUGGGCGCCAGGACGUUGAACAGAUAACACCGGGCUGGUCUCCCCUCCCUGUCCCCCCAGCUCCUGCGGAGGGGCCGGGGUCCCCUGAGUGUUUCUUGCCUAAGUUAUUUGAGUCACAAAAGCCUCUCUUCCCCCACCCGCUUGGGCGGGGUCGCUGGGUGGGGUUGUGGAUUUGGGGGAGGGGGCUGUACAUGUAACCUGCCCCCCAAAGAGGGGUAACCUGGUGUGUCACUCCCCGUUUCUCCCCCCGCGCCCCGGACAUGCGUGUGUCUGCCAGGGAUGGGGCGCUCUGCUCCCACUGCUCACCGUGUCCGGCCCGGCUUGUCUGUGGCCUCACCCGUCCCAGCCUGGAGGCGCUCCGCGGGAGGGGGGUCCUGGGCCGCUCUCAGCCUUGCAACACCGCCGCCCACAGGCAGCAAAGGGAAACGCAGGGAAGGGGCGGCCUGAGCCCGCUUUGCAGGAUCCGCUGCGGGGCGCCUGCCACUUCCCCGGGUGUUAUCUAUCCCCUCCGACCAGUGAGCCAGAGCUCCAGCCUCCCGCCCCGCCACUGAUAUCCGAGCACCUCCAAAACAGGAACCGGGGUCCCCCUCCCGCCCCCGCCCCACCAGUCUUCCCUCCGUUCUUCCUGCCGCCAGCCACCCGCCAGAUUCUGAAAUCUCGGAGACAAAACUAGUACUGUAAGAUAAAUUUUUGUACUGUAUUUAUUGUGUAUAACGAUUUUUUUAAUGGAGAAUUCUGUACAUUUAGAACUCUUGUAAAUUAAAAACCAAUCUUUUUUUUUUUAAACUA